GUGCGGCUUGUGUUGCUGGCAGACGCACAAGUUCUGGGNCGCACAAUUUCUGGGUUCGCGGCUGCCGUUGCUGCUGCUCAAGCCUCUGCGUCAUCCUCUAUUUCUUCCUCGGCCGAUUCCGAUCCUUACGGAACUGGUUCGGUUGGCGAAUCGGGUAGUGCGUCUGCCGGUGGUGCUGGCAGUGGUGGGCCUGCUGGAUCAAAUCAGUCCACUGUUGCUUCUGAGACCGAAAGUCACCGGAUCAUGUCUGCUGUGUUGCGAGAAUGGCGAAGAAUGCCACUGAUCACCACCAGCCAACAUGUGCCGCUGCUACAGAUUGCUCAUCGCGCUGUUGAGAUCACGGAAGGAAACAGCCUUCUAGCUCAGUACUGUGGUCACGUGUUGUGCGGUCCUUGCCUGGGUCCGUCGAUGACGGGAUCUGCGUACACCAGCCCCGGACAAUCCAGCUCCGGUUCCUCGACUCCAGGAGUAGCUUCCGCGUCUGGUACUGGAGGUUCCUCAUCUGCGGCUUCCUCCGCGGCUCUACGUAUGCCUUUGAGUCAGGCGUUACACGACUACAAAACCGUGUUCAAAUGGUGGCAGAGUCGCCCUCCGUCAAUUGGUGAUGAUUUAGGAUUCUGGCACGAUUUGUUCUCCUGGCGUCAAGUGGUUGAAGAGAGUAUCAUCACUUGUCACCCAUACUUGCAAAAGUUUGGACCAGAACGUACUAAGCAGGAGAUCAAACUGAAAUUGGCCGAAUUACGUAAAGAUGAAUUGCUUGAAGGUCUGGAGUUGAUGGAAAAAACCAACAUACAGCAAUACGAGAAAAAAGAUCGUGCUAAAUUCUUUUGUUACAAGGCCGUCUUUUUCUCCCAUUUCAACAAGGGAGAUGAAGCAACCAAGAACUUCGGUUAUGCCACUCAAAUGCAAGAUAACAUUCACAAAGUGUGGUCUAUUUAUGGUGACUUCUUGGAAAAUGUUUAUUCCAGUUAUCCUGUCGCUAAACGAGAAGUAGCGGUAUCCACAACGGGUAUCUUUGCCAUGCAGGCGCUGAUGGAAGCAGCUAGUGUGGCGGGUGGUCAAGAACGUCGCAGUCGCGCUGAUCUUUCGAAAUGUAUUUGGCUUCUCACUCUAGAUGAUGACACCAAAGGUCACCAGCGUCUUGCCCGUACUUUUGAAGAACGUGCCAGUCGUGUUAGACCAGAUGCAUUUUUGCCUUGGCUUCCCAGUUUGGUAGCCAGCCUACUCCGUCCUGAAGGUAGAUUUAUUGUUCCUGCUCUCCGUGGUGUCACUGCGACACAUCCGACCGUGCUGUACAGCUUACUGCGAGGGUUACAGCAUCAGCUCUCAACUGAAAUGUUGUACGACGAACGAUUGGGUGAAUUGGCCCAUAUGACCGUUUCUGAACCGACUGGAUCGUUCCCUCAUUUACUCCAAGCCCGAAUCCAUGCAUCCCGGGGUUCGCGAUCCGAAGACGCUGAACGCAAACAGACACGACUCCCGUCCGGGACUGGGGGUGAGUUGGGACAUUCCAGUACGGGUUUAAUGAAUCUGCCAACUCGCGGUUCCACUCUUGGUGCUGGUGAAUUACCUCAGUCUAGUAGCUCUACAGGACCGACAGGUAGUACCGGAUCAAUCGCUGUAAGUGGCAAUAUCAGUGGCAGUGGUAGUAGCGGUGGUGGGUUGACAUCUUAUUCCGCUGUUAGUCAACUCAGUUCGAAAAAGAAGAAGCGUGUAAUUGUAGUUAUGCGUGGUGUAGAGGGCGAACGGUUGAGUGGAGGUUCUCCACUCUCUCCAGAAAUGCAACAACAGCAACAGUCUGUCCCUUCUCAACAGCAAGCGAAGAAGGGAUCUCGAGAACUUGGUGAUCCAUCUUGCGAAGAGGACGAAACCAUAGAAAGUAAAUCCAGUGCCCCCAAAAAGGCUGUGGUCGUGGUCGCUCCGAACGCAGACUCGGGAGCGACCUCGUCAUCCGGACGUGACUCACAUUCGCGGACUGGAAUGACAUCAGACAACAGUAGAUUGGACGAUACGGAAGAUAUGGAUGGAUGCGAAGAAGAUGAAGAUGAAGACACGGAAGAUGGUGAAUUUGAUCGUGACGAGGUCAGUGGAACUGGUGUUUCCGGACCUGGUGGAAACGUAUGCGGUUCACCUGGUUCUAGUUUGCCUACCGAUUCGGGGACCGCAGUUGGCAGUGUAACGCACGACACCGAUGGUGUCGGCACAGACCAGGGUACCGGAUGUUUAUCGUCUUCAGUCACUGACGGUCUAUAUCGGGUCAACUUACUUAUAGGACAAAUUCGUCGUCGUCAUGCGGCUCGAAUCUAUGCAGUUGAUUUAUUCACGACUGAAGUUGGCGGUCGUCUUCAACCCACUUGGGCGGAACAGUUAUUAACUCGUCUGUGCUCAGUCCUGGAUUACUUGCAACGUUUAGCCUGGGCUGGAGUCUCAUCUGGUCGACAUUGGCAUCCCCGAUCUGUGGAACGUAUUCGCAUUCCAGGAUGGUUGCUCCUGGAACUGCGUAUCCAGCUUUCCACAGCCUGCGGUUUGUCCGCUCGCACGCCUUCCGUUAAUCGGUCUGGUUGGGCCCGAUUGUGUGAACUGGCCCAUGGCCCUGACUUCGGCGAAUUAAAAAAGCGUGCAUCAGUUUCGGACACACGUAAACGGGACACUUCAUCGUCAAGUUCGUCUGAAUCAGAUAAGGAGGAACCGCGUAAGCCAGCACGUGCAGGACGCAAGCAACAGUUGGGUGGGGACUCAGGAAAAACAAAAUUGGAGUCUGCUGCGACAGACACUGGAUCAAAGUUGCCUCGCGAAAAACAAGGAGUAUCCACUCCUUCCGCCAAACGUUCAUUUCAAAGUGAAACCAAGCGCCCCGUCCUCCGACCCAGCCUCCGACUAACUCCAGCCUUCAGUGAGGUUACUCAGAUCGCAGCCGAAGGUGCUCGUCGUGAGGCGGAUCGUGAUCCUUGGUUUAUGCGAGUUCAUCGACAACUUCUCAAAGCAGUAGACGAUUGGGAAAAUCGUUCUGUUCUCUAUGUAAUGCAGCGACUAACUCGGCACUGGAUACCGCUGUUGGAACAACAAGUAGCCCGUCUUCCAUCCAGAAUGCACCUCUCUGAUUACGGGGCUCGUCGCUUAAUGGAAUUACCGAGUCUGAUAGUGGCUCCUAAUCACGUCUCCGUGGGUCCUAGCUCAACUGGUGGAACCGCUAGCAGCGUAACUUCUUCGGUCCCUCCGGGGACAAACAUCCUCCUUCCCUCGAUCCCUUGCUUGGAACUCCCUGGGGAAUCUGGACUGCUUCAAUCCACCGGUGGUUUCCUGAAUUCUUCUGCAUUUCCGUACCCGGCCGCUCAAGGACCCUUAGCUGCUUCUGUCGGACCGAAUCUUGCCUUACAUUUGGUCAUUGCUGAGGUAUUUCCGCAAGUGGCUCGCAUCCGAUCAUCCCCCAGCCAUUUGGGUUGUCCUGCCCGUCGCUUAGGUAUUCGUGCUAGUAACGGUCGUGUGUUCUACUAUGACUUACCUGCACUGGGCUACUGGCCUCCUAUCAACUCCUCCACAUACCCGGCAUUGGCUAGUGCUAUGUCCAUUCAGAUCAAUGCCGCAGCUGGAGCCCGCACACAUAGUCUGAUUCAUGCUAAACCACGGGGGUCAAAUAUAGGUCCUCUAACACUAGAUGGUCUCUCUCCAGCGCCGUACACAGGUUGGCGUCAUGCAGGACCUCUGCAUUUGUUCCAAAUGAUCAACGAUGUGUUGGCUGGACAACCCGAAACUGCCAAACGCCGUCUAAGUUUGUUCACACCCAGUCCAUUGCUCUAUUGA